CGGCGCGGGGCGGGGGGCGGAACAUGUCUCCCGCCGCAGGAAGAUGAGGCAGCGGCGGCGGUCGCGGGCGUAGCGGGCCGGAGCGGAGCCGGACCCGUCGCGGGCGGCGGGCACCGCGGGGAACCGCACGCCGCUGCCCCAGCACCCCGGCCGGCCGUGUUCAGAGUGGACAACGCGACGGCGGGGUAGGGGGGGGCCUGGCCACGAGCGCCGCCGCCCACGCGCGACCCUCGGGGACCCGGCCGCGACGCCCCUUUGUACGGGGGGGCCCCGUUCAUGCCGCCGCCUCCCGCGCGCCGCGUGCCGGGCCGCACCGAGCAGGGCUGUGUCUAGGCCUGGGGGCCACCUUGGUUCCUGCCAGAGAAUGAGUCAGCCCCAGAGGAUGGCGGCCGUGGGCACUGACAAGGAGCUGAGUGACCUCCUGGACUUCAGCAUGAUGUUCCCGCUGCCUGUGGCUAACGGGAAGGGCCGGCCCACCUCCCUGGCUGGAGCCCAGUUUGGAGGUUCAGGUCUCGAGGACCGCCCCAGCUCAGGAUCCUGGGGCCCCAGCGAGCAGAACAAUUCCUCUUUCGACCCAAGCCGGGUGAGGAGUGGGCUCCCCUUCCUAGGAGGGGGUAGGAAGGUCGAGGAACCGUGGCCUGGGCCUGGCACUCACACCCCGCCGUCUCCCCAGUCCUACGGCGAAGGCACCCACUUCAGUGAUUCGCACGGUGGCCUCUCAGCGUCGGCAUUCCUGGGAUCCGGGCUCGGAGGCAAGGGCAGCGAGCGGGGCGCGUACCCCACCUUCGGGAGAGAAGCAGGGCCCGGCCUGACGCAGGCUGGCUUCCUGCCAGGAGAGCUGGCCCUGAGCAGCCCCGGGCCGCUGUCCCCCUCAGGCGUCAAGGGCAGCUCAUCAUAUUACCCUGCCUUCCCCAGCAACCCCCGACGAAGGGCCGCGGACGGUGGCCUGGACUCGCAGCCCAAGAAGGGCCGCAAGGUCCCGCCCGGCCUUCCUUCCUCGGUGUACCCCCCCAGCUCAGGUGAUGACUACGGCAGGGAUGCUGCCUACCCCUCUGAUAAGACCCCUGGCAGCAGCUACCCCAGCCCCUUCUACAUGGCGGACGGCAGCCUGCACCCCUCAGCAGAGCUCUGGAGCACCCCCGGCCAGGCAGGCUUCGGGCCCAUGCUGGGCGGCGCCUCCUCCCCGCUGUCCCUAGCCCCCAGCUCGAGCAGCUCCGUGGGUGGCAGUGCAUUUGGUGGCCUCCAGCAACCUGAGCGCAUGGGCUACCAGCUGCACGGGGCUGAGGGGAACGGUGCACUCCCCACUGUGACCACCUUCUCGGGUCCUGGAGCCGCCUACAGCAGUGUCCCCAGCCACACACCACCUGUCACUGGGGCCGACAGCCUCCUAGGCUCCCGUGGGACCUCAGCCGGCAGCUCCGGGGAUGCCCUUGGGAAGGCGCUGGCCUCGAUCUACAGCCCGGACCACUCCAGCAGUAACUUCUCACCCAGCCCCUCUACCCCCACGGGCUCCCCACAUGGCCUGACUGGGACCUCACAGUGGCCUCGAGCAGGAGCCCCCGGUGCCUUAUCGCCCAGCUACGACGGGGGACUCCAUGGCCUGAGCAAGAUGGAGGACCACCUGGAUGAGGCCAUCCACGUGCUCCGCAGCCACGCCGUGGGCACCGCUGGCGACGUGCACAGCCUGCUGCCCAGCCACGGCGCUCUGGCCUCCAGCUUCGCCAGUCCCAUGCCAGUGGGCGGGCGCCACACAGGCCUGGUUGGGAGCAGCCACCCUGAGGAUGGGCUCUCGGGCGGUGCUGGCCUCCUGCACAGUCACGCGGCCAUCCCCAGCCAGCCUGGGACCUUACCCGACCUCACUCGGCCGCCGGAGUCCUACAGCGGCCUGGGCCGGGCGGGCGCCGUGGUGGGCGCGGGCGAGAUCAAGCGGGAGGAGAAGGAGGACGAGGAGAACGCGGCUGCCGCCGCAGACCCAGCCGAGGAGGACAAGAAGGAGCUGAAGGCGCCGCGCGCGCGCACCAGCCCAGACGAGGACGAGGACGACCUUCUCCCCCCAGAGCAGAAGGCCGAGAGGGAGAAGGAGCGCCGGGUGGCCAAUAAUGCCCGCGAGCGGCUGCGGGUGCGGGACAUCAAUGAGGCCUUUAAGGAGCUGGGGCGCAUGUGCCAGCUGCACCUCAACAGCGAGAAGCCCCAGACCAAGCUGCUCAUCCUGCACCAGGCCGUGUCGGUCAUCCUGAGCCUCGAGCAGCAAGUGCGAGAGCGCAACCUGAACCCCAAAGCAGCCUGCCUGAAGCGACGAGAAGAGGAGAAGGUUUCGGGUGUGGUCGGGGACCCCCAAAUGGUGCUUCCGGCUGCCCAUCCGGGCCUCAACGACACCCACAAUCCUGCCGGGCACAUGUGACAGGGACGCAACGAGGGACCAGUCUCGCUCCAGGACCCCUGUGCUCGGAUGUCGGCGGAAGGGUCCGCACAGAGGGCUGCCCGGCACUGACCAGCCCCCGAGGCGCCCGGAGACCGGCCUGAAGGGGACCGAGGGGUCCAGGCGACCUGACUCACCUCCACCAGCACUAGCCACUGGCCCUCGGAGCGUGACCUGCGUCUUGGCCCCGGGGACCAGGCUGGAAGGAGUGUUUUUCCUUUUUUUUUUUUUUUUUUGAAGGGGGGGGUGUUAUAAAACCAGACCAGAAACCAACAAACAUACCCUUUGUCAGAAGAAAAUGCCUUAAGUAUAUAAAGAGGAGGACUCGAUACAUCACCCCGGAGGAGGGUGACCCUGCAAAGCUGGCAUCUUUGAAAGCCGCCAGCAAAUCGUGCCUAAGCGUAUUUUUUUUAAGAAGAAUAAAAAGAACAUUAGUUACGAGGGUUUUUUUCUAAUGUAGAAGAGAAAAAAUUAGCAAAGAUGUUGCCUUCGGUCUUUUUUUUUUUUAAGCUUUCUUUUGCAUAUGUUUUAUAAGCAACAAACUUUUUGUAUGAAAGUCUCGUGUCUCUUGCUGUUUCUAGAAGUCAGCGUGCAUUUCAUGGUCAGCCAGAUUAUUAAAAGUAUUCAAAAGAUCCAA